AUGGCUCGACCACUGCGUGUGGCCGGGGAAAAGAGGCUAUGGUGCCCCAAGUUGGGCAUUCGAUUCUCAACGUCAUCAAACUCGGUUCCGUUGUAUCCUCCGCUGGAUAUGCCUCGUUUCGUGCAGACGGCGAGCGAGGGCAAUGGGAUCAGAAGUGAUUUCAGAAACGAUCCGUUUGACUAUUGCGCCAAUGCUGUGAUGGAACAAGACUUGGCUACCCUUGCAACACCAAGCCAUGAUGCCAUCACUCAACAGAGCAAAAACUCAGCGCCGACAAAUCCCCAAACACCACCUCAAGGUCCUACCACCACUAUUCAUCGAGAAAGUGAGAAAUUACUAGGCACUGAGAUCUCCAAACCCCACCCAGAGGGCGACCCGGCAAUCGUUGAAGCCCCGUCAACACCACUAAGCUUCAACAUCUCUCCGUCUCUCUUCCACGCAGCCCGCGCCGCCAAAGCAGGCUCCUUCGAAUCAUUCUGGUCACACACAAUGUAUCAGCGAAUUAGCGAUCAAGGGGCCAUUGAAAAAGUAAAAGUCCACUACUGCACGAGCAAACACACCACGGAACAAGUCUGCAGGAAGCACUUCCUCGGAGAGGCAGUCCUAGGCCUCGACCUCGAGUGGUUCCCCUACGCAUCCCGCAGCUCCGGACCGCGAGAUAACGUCUCCCUCAUCCAAAUCGCGAGUCCAGGUCGUAUCGGCCUUUUCCACGUGGCUAUGUUUGCCGAGGGUGAAGAUGACCUUGUGGCUCCUACCCUGCGCACAAUUUUGGAGGAUCCCAACGUGAGCAAAGUCGGCGUCCACAUCCAAGGUGACUGCACCCGGCUAAAGAAAUACCUCGACGUCCAGGUUCGGGGUAUUUUUGAACUCAGCCACCUGUACAAACAGGUCAAGUACACAGCGGCGAAGACGCCCAAGCUCAUCAACAAGGUGGCGGUAGCGCUGUCAACGCAGGUACAUGACAUUUUGAAGUUGCCGCUGUUUAAAGGCGACGUGGUCCGGUCGAGUAACUGGAUGAAGCGCCUGUAUUACAAGCAAGUUUUAUAUUCUGCGUCAGAUGCCUAUGCUGGGAUACAAUUAUACCAUGUCCUCGACGCAAAACGCAAGAGACUGAACCCGUGCCCCUCAAAGCCUCACCACGCGGAACUAGGUCUCCCGAUUCCAGUCGUGGGGACGGAAUCAAAGCCAGAAGAGGAAACAGGUCAUCUACCAGGUGGCUCCUCCAGCUCCUCCAGCUCCUCCAGCUCCUUCAGGUCGGAACUCGAAACCGAGCUGCUAGCCUUUCCGCCAAUCCCAGCCAAACCUCCAGUACGAGAUGCCCGUAUCCUCGCAGCCGAGAAAAAGGCAAUCGAGUAUCGCAAAUCCAAGACUUCGGCCGUAUCGGCGCCGCCUACCUCGCUAAGAGCAUACUUUGUUUGGCACAACAACCUGGACCUCAAUCCUGAAGCCGUUGCUCAACUGCUGAGAGAUCCGCCACUGAAAACAAACACAGUUGUGUCGUAUAUUCUUGAUGUGAUUGUCAGUGAAAAGAUGGCCUAUGAUAGGGGGAGAUUGGAAUCCGAGGUAUUGCCCUUGUUGGAUCAGCGUGCUGUUCAAGUGGGUAGUAGAUAUGGUGCCUUGGUGAGAAGUUGUGAGAGGACUGAUGAAGUAACAUAA